AUGGGCAAGAUGAUCAUCUCAACGGGAUCCACGCGAUAUUGGACAUUGACAGUCGUCCAGAGGAUGCUUGGGGCGCUGUCAGUGCUUUGGGCUUGGGCCAUGUCGCGCUUUGUAGACUACAUUGAAGAAUGUCAAUCAGAUCGCAUCAAUCCACACCAAGUCGUUGUAGUUGGUCACUCUCGAGGCGGGAAAACAGCCCUAUGGGCAGCAGCUCAAGAUGAAAGAAUAGCCAUGGCAGUCUCCAACAACUCCGGUUGCACUGGGGCGUCCUUGGCACGACACGAGGCUGUCGGAGCCGAAACCAUAAAGCAAAUCAACAGCAGGUUUCCUCAUUGGUUCUGCCGCAACUACCGACGGUACAAUGGCAAUGUGGAAGCCUUGCCGGUUGACCAGCACAUUCUGCUGGCUUUGUUGGCACCCCGGGCGCUUUAUGUUGCCAGUGCUACUCACGAUUUCUGGGCUGACCCAACUGGCGAAUACUUGGCAACGUGUCAAGCUUCCAGCGUCUGGACGAACGUGUAUGGUGAAAAUGCUGCGACUGCCUUUGUCCCAAGUACCGGUAGCACGCCGAAGGUAGAUACUCCAAUCCAAAGCAUGCAUUUCAAAGUGAACUACCACAUUCGAAUGGGCGAGCAUGAUCUAUGUCUUUUCGACUGGUGUCGAUACAUUGACACUGCCAAGAACCUUUUCGCAAAUAGCCCACCGACAAUUGAAGAAUAG